AUGGACGACUCACUUUAUGACGAGUUUGGUAACUACCUCGGCCCUGACCUCGAAGAUGAUGAUGAGGAUUUGAUGGAGGAGCAAGAGGAGGAGCAAGACGCCUAUGAUGAUGAAGUCGGCAUUGCUCAAGAAGACCAGCAACAGGAAGAGGAGCAGGUCGAUGAAAGCGCCAUGAUGCAAAUUGAUGAUAUUCCUGCUAAUCAGAUUGUAUUACACGAAGAGAAAAAGUAUUAUCCCUCUGCUGAAGAAGUGUAUGGCGAGGAUGUAGAGACCAUGGUACAGGAAGAAGAUACACAGCCAUUAUCCGAACCCAUCAUCGCACCUAUCCAAGUGAGAAAGUUCAAUGUCACCGAGACUGAUCUGCCAGAAACUUACUACAGUAAAGAAUACAUGUCAGAUUUGAUGAACCAUCCAGACUUGAUCAGAAACAUUGCAGUUGUUGGCCAUCUUCACCAUGGCAAAACUUCAUUUGUAGACAUGCUCAUUUCAGAAACACACGAUAUUCCAAUCAAUGUCGAUCAACCUGAACGCUAUACCGAUACACAUAUUUUAGAAAGAGAGCGUGGCGUGUCCAUCAAAAGUAUGCCUGUUACUCUUGUGAUGCAGGACAUUAAGGAAAAAUCAUAUUUGCUCAACAUUUUGGAUACACCUGGCCACACGAAUUUCAUUGACGAAGUCGUCGCAGCAACACGCUUAGCAGAUGGCGUCGUUAUUGUCGUUGAUGUAGUGGAAGGCGUCAUGGUGAAUACGGAGCAAGUGAUCAAGCACUGUGUUCGUGAGGGCCUCGCUAUGACAUUGGUCAUCAACAAAGUCGACCGUUUGAUCUUGGAGUUGAAAUUGCCACCUGCCGAUGCUUAUUACAAAUUGCGCCAUACCAUUGAAGAGGUGAAUACUGUGAUUCGCUCUGUGCCUGGCGGAAACCACAUCCGUCUGUCACCCGAAUCAGGUAACGUUUGCUUUGCCUCCAGUCAAACAGGCUGGAUCUUUUCGCUCAAGUCAUUCUCGAAACUUUACGCUGAUUCAUACGAAGCUGAUUUCGACGAAAAUGAAUUUGCAAAGCGUCUAUGGGGCGACAUUUACUUUAACCCUGAAAAGGGCUCUUUCAACCGCAAAUCACAGAAUGGAGCCAGCAAACGUACAUUUGUACAUUUCAUUUUGGAACCCUUGUACAAGAUCUAUGCUCAGGUCCUGGGCGAAGACACCAACGAGCUCAAAAAGACAUUACGCUCUCUCAGCAUCUAUCUGAAAGCAAAGGAUUACGAGCUGAAUGUGAAGCCUCUCCUUCAUAUGGUGCUGACACAAUUCUUUGGUCUUGCCGGCUCCUUUGUGGAUAUGGUUGCAAAGCACAUUCCUUCUCCUGUCGAAAAUGCCAUGCACAAAGUUGAACGUUUCUACACUGGGCCUAUUGAUUCGGCAACUGUUCAGUCAAUGGUCAAGUGUGAUGCUGAGGGACCACUCAUGAUGCAAGUGACCAAGCUAUUUAACAACGAGCAGAGCACAGAAUUCCACGCGUUUGGCAGAGUGUUCAGCGGAAGCAUCAAGGCUGGACAAAUCGUGCGUGUGUUGGGAGAGGGAUAUUCAAUUGACGACGAGGAAGAUAUGACAAUGCAGAAAGUAGAAAACACAUGGAUUUUUGAGUCAAGAUACCGUGUCCAAGUAGAGGGCGUGCCUGCUGGUGGUUGGGUGUUGCUAGGUGGUGUGGAUAGCUCCAUCAUGAAAACAGCUACCAUUGUCGAUCAAAAGUCCAAAGAGGAUGCAUACAUUUUCAAACCACUGCGAUUCCCUACAGCAGCUACACUCAAGGUGGCCAUCGAGCCUGUCAACCCAUCAGAGCUGCCUAAGAUGUUGGACGGCCUUCGCAAAAUCAACAAGAGCUAUCCCAUCGUCACUACCAAAGUUGAGGAAUCUGGCGAGCACAUUGUAUUGGGCACAGGCGAGCUGUAUUUGGAUUGCGUGUUGCAUGAUCUUCGUCGCAUGUACGCAGAAAUUGAACUCAAGGUAUCCGAUCCUGUUGUAAGAUUCUGUGAAACUGUUGUGGAGACUUCUGCAUUAAAAUGCUUUGCUGAAACACCAAACAAGAAGAACAAGCUGACAUUCAUUGCUGAACCGCUUGAAAAAGAGCUUGCAGAAGAAAUCGAGAAUGGAGAUAUCAGCAUCCGCUGGCCCAAGAGUAAAUUAGGCAGCCAUCUGGAAACAAAACAUGGCUGGGAUGUUCUCGCAUCAAGAUCAGUUUGGGCAUUUGGUCCUGAUGAUAUGGGCCCCAAUCUCUUAAUGGACGAUACAUUGCCAUCUGAAGUGGAUAAAAAACUGUUAUUUUCUGUCAAAGACUCUAUUCGCCAAGGCUUCCAAUGGGGUACAAGAGAAGGUCCCCUCUGUGAUGAACCUAUUCGUAAUGUUAAAUUCAAAAUCCUAGAUGCUGUAUUAGCAAAUGAGCCUAUUUAUAGAGGCGGUGGUCAAAUCAUUCCUACUGCUCGUCGUGUUUGCUACUCAUCCUUCUUGACUGCAACCCCUCGUUUGAUGGAGCCUGUAUACUAUGUUGAGAUUCAAGCCCCGGCUGAUUGUGUAUCUGCAGUUUAUGCAGUUUUACAACGACGAAGAGGCCACGUCACUCAAGACAUUCCCAAGCCUGGAUCGCCAUUAUAUACUGUCAAGGCAUAUAUCCCCGUGAUUGACUCCUGUGGUUUUGAAACAGAUCUUAGAACACAUACCGAAGGUCAAGCCUUCUGCCAACAAAUCUUUGAUCAUUGGCAGAUUGUACCUGGAGAUCCAUUAGACACAAGUAUUGUGCUUCGCCCUCUUGAAGCAAGUCCCGCUCAACAUUUAGCAAGAGAUUUCAUGGUCAAGACUAGAAGAAGAAAGGGUCUUUCCGAAGAUGUCAGCAUAAACAAGUAUUUCGAUGAUCCCAUGUUGUUGGCACUAGCACAAACGGAUGUAUUAGGUGGUGUCUAUGAAUAA